AUGCAUGGUCUCUGGAAAGACCAUUUAGAAGCGCAAUCUUUUUUGAGCAGCGCGGGGCUCUGGGCAGGGACCCGCUGGGCGCGCGGUGGGCGCCCGCCUCCGUCCCCCGCGCUCCGGACACGCCUAUCCCGCCCCCGGCCCUCCGCGCAGGCGAAGGCCUGGCACCGAGGGCUGGUCCCGCAGGGCUGGCAGGUCCCUGAGCCAGGAGCAGGUGAUACGGCUCGGCGCCCCUGCCCACAGUCAGGCAGUGUUUCCCUAAGCGCCUGGGACUGCGGGCACUGGCGGGAGGUCCGGGCCGCGGAAGGCGUUCCCACACCGGCCGGUCUCCGUCCACCAGGAAGCCGACUUCUCGUACCUCCCCGGGGACCGAAAACCGCCGGUGCCGCCGCACCCGUCGUCGCCGCCGCUUGCUCAUGGAGAGCCCGUGCUGCCGCCGCCGCCGCCGCCGCCUCAUCUACUAGCACCGCCCGCUGUCUGGGCCUCCCCGGCGUGAGUGCUGGGCUCUGGCACGGCCUCCAUCGCACCCGCCGCGGAGGGAGCCACAGCAGCUCCAGCGCCCAGGCCGGAUCCGACAGGACCCACGGAGCCAGGACCGCAGGACGCGGAGCUUCUUAUUACGGAGGAAGAUUCGGCCUGACCUCGGCCCCCCUCCCCCAGCCCCUAGUUCCCAGCCGCCUGACGGCGCUGCUGCGCAGGCGCGAAGACGCCCUCGCCAAACGUGCGUGUGUCGGGUGUGUACACAGCAUCCAGAUUUGCCCAAUGGGAACCAAGAUCAGGAGUGUAAGCAGAACUUGAAAUAACUCAUCAGUCUUCACCUGGAAGAAGUGGACUGAAAGAGAUAUAAUCAUGGUCAAGCUUUGGAAAUUAUCUGAUUACUGCUUGGUCCCUCCAUGGUGAUCUGUCUUUUGAUUUUAUACCCAAGAUGAUCAUCAGUGAUGACAUUUGAUCACUAGUAUUUCUUUUCAUUAGGAUCCCUGAGAGUGGUCUUCCUCUAGAAGGUGAUAUUACAAAAACAGCAAACAUGCAAACCAACUGUUUGAGGUAUAAAGAUUGUAGAACAUCCCUUGCUUUUGUUUUCUUCCUUGAGUAAACAUGUAAAUUAUUCUGUAAAAACA